UGGCCGCAUGUUUGUAAUAUUUGUUUAUAUUUUGGAUUUCAGAAAAACUUUAUCAAUUCUGAACCAAAACAUCCGCAAAAGCUACUAAAAUGUGAACUUAAAUAAGUGAUUUUUUAAUAUAAGUUACCAAAGAACGUAUUGUGAAUUGGUAAUGGUGCCAGAAGAGGCUAUAACCUGAUUUUUUUGGAACUAAGUUUAAUUAUAAAUUGACGUGAUGUCUAAUAACGUAGUGGCUGAUUUGGUGUGUGGGCUGAAGGCUCGUCACACAGAGACGCGGCACAGGGCCAUUCGCGAGUUAUUACAUUUCGCGAAGACUGAGCUGCGUGAAAUGUCUCAGGAAGGGAUGACGCAGAUCCUGGAUGAUUUUAACCAGCACAUCCACACGAUGACUUCCAGCUAUGACAACCACGAGAAGAAAGCCGGCAUUCUUACUAUAGUUUGCCUCAUUGGUGGAGAUACAGAAACAACUAAGACGAGAACCAUCCGCUAUGCAAAUUACUUGGGAAAUAUCUUCCCAUCAACUGACAUAAGUGUUUUAGAAUUAGCAGCCAAAACCAUGGGUCGCUUAGCAGCAUCAUUAGGUGUAAAACGGGGAGAAUAUGUGGAAUAUGAAAUAAAAAGAGCUUAUGAAUGGCUAGCGGAAGAAAGAAACGAAGGAAAACGACUUUCAGCUGUCCUCAUUCUUCGAGAACUAGCUAUAGCUAUGCCCUCAUAUUUUUAUCAACAUAUACAUCAUUUUUUCAAACACAUAGUCGUUGCUCUUCGAGACCCGAAAGAUCAGAUAAGAGAAGCAGCAGCCAAGGCAUUGAGAGCCGCACUGGGAGUGACAGCCCAGAGAGAAAUUCCUGAAAAUAGCAAUAAAAUUCAAUGGUAUUCUGAAUGUUAUGAAGAGGCUGUGACAUCUUUUACAGAUCAAGCUCCUAGAGACCGAGGGCUCAGCAGAGAUGACCAUGUGCAUGGUGCACUCUUGAUAUUGAAUGAACUCUUGAGAUGUUCCAAUGCAGCCUGGGAGAAAAAGUAUACCAUGCUGAUGCAAAAACUGGAUGCUGAACAAGAGACAUCUGAUGACAUGUCCUCCUUGAGUUCUAAAGUCCAAAAUGCAUGGUCAUUGAGUACUGAUGAUACAAAUCAAAAUACUCCCAUAUAUGAAUCUAAUAUUUGCAAAAAAUUGAUCACAGAGUAUUAUGAAAAAAUCUGCUCAGAUGUGAUGGCCCAGCAGAUUUCUAGGUCUCAUCAUGUCCACCAGUUGUUGCUUCUGUUAAUACCAAGACUUGCUGCUUUCAACAGAGAGUCAUUUGCAAGAAGACAUCUCAAGUCUACAAUCAACCACCUUAUUACCUUUCUGAGAGGUAGAGAAAAAGAAAAGGCUAUGGCUUUUACCACAUUGGGUCUGAUUUGUGUUGCUGUUGAAUCAGACAUUCAACAGUACCUACCAAGGAUCAUUGAAAUAAUUAAACUUACCCUCCCUGUGAAAGAAACACCAAAGAAACGCAAUGGAUCAGAUACUCCAUUGUUCAACUGUGUAACAUUGUUAGGAUAUGCCAUGAAAGAAAAUGUUGUAAAUGAUGUAAAAGAGUUAUUAGAUCCUAUGUGUGCCACAGGCUUAAGCCCACAGCUCACCACUUGUUUUAAAGAGCUUAGCCAAAAUAUGCCCUCUUUGAAAAAAGAUAUAACUGACAGACUAAUAAAUAUGUUGUCAUUAAUAUUAAGAAAAAAGCCCUAUGUGCCUAACAAUUCAGAACAACAGAUUGUCCACAUGAUGUCUACAGCAAUGCUAGUAGAGCCACAUGAUGCUACAAAACUAGUGCUUGCAUUGCGCACUUUAGGAUCAUUUGAUUUUGAAUGGACCAAUACAAUUAUGUCCUUUAUUAGAAGAUGCACAGACCACUACUUACUGAGUGAGCAACAUGAUAUACGCUUAGAAGCCGUUAAAACAGCAGCCAAGUUGUUAGUCAAAGCUGUUGAAAGAAGCUCACAGACAAAUUCAAGAACUUUAAAUUUAAUCAUUGAUGAGUCACUCGGUAAACUCUUGGCUGUAGGGCGUUCAGAUUUUGAUCAAGAAGUCCGUUACAGAGUACUAGAGGUAUUUACAAAUCCAGUAUUUGAUAAACACUUAGCAAAUGAAGAACAUUUAAGCUGUCUUUUUGUAGCUAUAAAUGACUCUAAUAGUGAGGUGAGUGAACUAGCUCUAUGUGUCGUGGGGCGACUGAGCAACAUUAAUCCGAGCUAUACUACACCCACAAUGCGCCAAUUAUUCGUGCAGAUCCUAAUGGAAUUGCAACAUUCUGAAUCUACACGGAAUAAGGAGCAAUCAUUACGAAUGAUUAAUAAUAUUAUAUGUCAUGCUCCAAGGAUAACUCAGCAGUUUGUGGAUAUUAUCCUCAAAGUACUUGUACCUAGAUUGAAACAAGAAGAUAGCAACACAACUAUGGUUUCUAUUAUAUUGAAAGCUAUUGGCGAUUUAGCAGAAGUGAAUGGCGGUGGACACGCUUUAAACCAGUGGUUAGAUGAGCUGCUGUCAUUUCAAGUAGAAUUAUUGUCAGAUCCAAAUCAACCAGAAAAACGAAGCAUUGCACUGUGGUCGUUUGGGCAAGUUAUAAGUGCCACAGGACACGUUAUCAUGCCUUAUAUGGAGUACCCACAUUUAAUGGAUUUAUUGUUAAGUUUUCUAAGAAGUGAGCAACAAUCGCGAGACAGGCGAGAGACUAUAAAAGUGUUAGGGUUGUUAGGAGCAUUAGAUCCAUACAAGCAUAAAGUAAACAAGGGACUGAUCGAUUUCCAAACAGUUUCAACUCUGAUACCCAUUACAGAAUCGUCGAAAAAUGAUUAUUUUGACACAAAUGUAAGUGAUAUGUUGGUUAAAAUGGCUCCACUAGUCCUUGAUGAAUUCUAUCCAGCCAUUGUGGUUACGUCAUUGAUGAGUAUUUUACGAGAUCCUCAGUUGGCGCAACAUCACACGAGUGUGGUGCACUCAGUGACGAUAAUCUUUCAGUCAUUAGGCAUUAAAUGCGUUCCUUACAUUUCCCGCGUCACGCCGAGCCUACUGUACGUAAUACGCAACACAGAGAACAGCAGUUUUCGCGAGUUUCUGCUGACUCAGCUGGCACAGCUAAUAUCUGUUGUGAAAAUACAUAUUCGGAAUUAUCUUGAAGAUAUAUUUGACAUGAUUAGGGAGUAUUGGACCCCUGACAGUCAUUUGCAGCCCACACUUAUAAUGCUGGUGGAGCACAUAACGGUCGCAAUCGGAACAGAGUUUAAAGUUUAUCUCAGAAAAAUAUUGCCAAAUAUUCUGAGAGUACUAAAGUAUGAUAAAAGUAAAGACAAGUUUCUGACUGAAAAAUUGUUGUAUACCAUCCAAAAAUUCGAAAAUAAUCUGGAUGAUGUUCUUCUAUCAGUGGUUCCCGCGAUCACGAACUUAUUUGAUGGUAAAAAUAUACCGAUAUCGAUAUCCAGACUAGCAAUGGAAACUAUGGAUCAUUUGUCUAUGUACUUGUAUUUAAAACCGUAUUCGGCCAUUAUCAUUCAAGCACUGGCGAAGGUAUUGGAGAAUAAUCCCACUCUGAGAUCAACAGCAAUGAACACGCUUUGCGCGCUGAUCGUCCAGCUCGGCCGUGAGUACAUAGACUACAUCCCCUCAGUUGAGAGACUGAUGCUGAAGCACAAAAUCGUGUGUUCAAAUUACAUCGUGUUGGUGACGCGGUUGCAAGUUAUAUCAACACUUGCAUCUGAUGAUGAUUACUUGGAUGAAACUAGGUCGCGACUGCGUAAUCAGAAGAGUGAUGUUUUGUCUAACACUGCUGAUUUGCAAAGUAUACAGAAGCUGACCGUCAAUGUUAAUAACCUCCGUAAGUGCUGGUCUACCAUGAACAUAAUAUCCAAAGAAGACUGGCACGAGUGGCUGCGCCAUUUAAGCAUUGGGUUUCUCACUGAAUCUAACAGCCCUGCUUUGAGGGCUUGUUCGUCAUUAGCGCAGCAUUACCCACAACUGGCUCGGGAUCUGUUCAACCUGGCCUUCAUGUCUUGCUGGACGGAACUGGACGAGCGCGCGCGCAAGGAGCUCGUCACCUCCCUCGAGAGAGCGCUGACAGUCCCGGACUCGCCCGAACUGGCAUUGGCUGUGUUGAAUCUCGCAGAGUUCAUGGAACAUUGUGAGAAAGGCUCUUUGCCUAUACCCAUCAAACUGCUCGGAGACACCGCAAUAAGUUGCAGAGCUUUUGCAAAAGCCCUUUAUUAUAAGGAAGAAGAAUACAAAAAGAAUCCAUCCACACAAGUAGUUGAAGCUCUUAUACACAUCAAUAACAAACUCCAACAAAAAGAAGCCGCAAAUGGGCUUCUGGAGAGAGUCAUCACGCAACAAAAAGAUGGCAAAUGCUCGUUGAAUGUGCACGUGCGCUGGUACGAGAAACUGCAUAACUGGGAGCAAGCGUUGGACCUCUACAGUAAGAACCUCGAAGUGGAACCUCAGGAUAACGAAUCCAAACUCGGGCUCAUGCGAUGCUUAGAAGCUAUGGGUGAAUGGCGUAAGCUUUACGACAUCACCACGGAUCAGUGGACUACUCUAGACGAAGACGUCAAACAAAAAUCCGCCAAAAUGGCAGCCGCAGCCUCUUGGGGUCUGCAAGAAUGGGAUUCGAUGAAAAAGUUUGUCGACUGCGUAUCUGAAGAGUCUCAGGAAGGUGCAUUUUACCGUGCGAUAUUAUCUAUCCAUGAUGGGCAGUGGUCGGAAUCCAGACAUUACAUUGAUUCUGCCAGAGGCAUGUUGGACACAGAACUGACAGCCGUGGUCGGCGAGAGCUACCAACGAGCUUACGGGGCUCUAGUAAACGCACAGCUCUUGACGGAAUUGGAAGAAGUCGUCACCUACAAACUAGUCGAGGAAAGAAGAAAUACGAUAAGGAAAAGUUGGUGGCUGAGACUCCAAGGAGGCCAGCGGCUCGUCGAAGAUUGGAGAAAGAUGCUGCAAAUACGGGGACUGGUACUCUCCCCUCGCGAAGAUUUUCAGACUUGGCUGAAAUUCGCAUCUCUCUGCAGAAAAACUGGCGCCUUCAAUCAAGCACACAAGAUAGUGCUUUCUAUUUUAGGUUGCGAUCCCGUAAACAAUCCUGACAUAUUAUUGCGAGUGCAGGAACCGAGAGUAGUUUUGUCGUACAGUAAAAAUCUUUGGGAUGCUGGCAACAAACGUUUUGCAUACGAUGUUUUGCAGAGAUUUGUCGACAGCUCUGAGCCAGACAACGAUGAGCAAUCCAGACUUUUAGCUCGUUGCCAUUUAAAACUAGGAUCGUGGUGUGAAUCACUCCAAGAAAUCAAUGAGCUGUCGAUUCCUGAAAUAUUGAGAAACUACGCGGCUGCGACAAACUUAGCGCCUGAUUGGUACAAAGCGUGUCACGCCUGGGCGUGUAUGAAUUUUGAAACGGUCUUAUUCUACAAACAGCAAGACAAUGUAUCUGAAAGCAGCAUAGCAGGAGGUUCUGGUGAAAAGAAAGUCCUUAGAACAGAUUUUAUCAACACAUAUACUAUUCCAGCUAUUGAAGGAUUCUUCAAGUCUAUUAGCUUGUCAAAUGGCAGUGCUCUCCAAGACACUUUGAGACUUUUGACUCUUUGGUUUGACUACGGCCAUAAUCCUGCUAUUUAUGAUGCAUUGUUUGAAGGAAUAAGGCAGAUAGAUAUUAAAAUCUGGCUGCAAGUGAUUCCACAACUUAUCGCUCGAAUAGAUUCCCCAAGGACCCUCGUCGCCAAGUUGGUGCACAUUCUAUUGAUCGAUAUCAGUAAGCUGCACCCGCAAGCCUUGGUCUAUCCUUUGACGGUGGCCACGAAAUCUUCUUUCGUGACUCGCAAGAAUGCGGCCAGCUAUAUUCUAAAGACGAUGUGCUCUCACUCUCAGAAUCUAGUCAACGAAGCUGCCAUAAUAUCCGAGGAGUUGAUAAAGGUGGCAAUAUUGUGGCACGAUCAGGUCAUCAUAGCCAUCGAUGAGGCCUCAAGAUAUUAUGCAACCGAAAAGGACUACAGAAGCAUGUUCAAAACUCUGGACAAAAUGCACGCCAUGCUCGAUCGUCCAGCGGAAACGUUGAAAGAGAUUUCGUUCCUUCAGAUGUACGGCAGAGACCUCAAAGAGGCUCAACGGUGGAGUGAACUUUAUAAGGCAACAGGCGAAGACCGGUACCUGAACGAGGCGUGGGAGCUGUACUACCAGGUGCUGCGGCGCAUCAUGGCGCAGUUCCGCUCGCUGCAGUCGCUCGAGCUGCAGUACGUCAGCCGCCGCCUGCACGCGGCGCGCGGCCUGGCGCUGUGCGUGCCCGGCUCCUACGUGCCCGGCGCGCGCGUCACGCGCAUCCAGCACAUACACAGCCACCUGCAGGUCAGUGGGCGCAGUGCGCUCGCUGCAGUCGCUCGAGCUGCAGUACGUCAGCCGCCGCCUGCACGCGGCGCGCGGCCUGGCGCUGUGCGUGCCCGGCUCCUACGUGCCCGGCGCGCGCGUCACGCGCAUCCAGCACAUACACAGCCACCUGCAGGUCAGUGGGCGCAGUGCGCUCGCUGCAGUCGCUCGAGCUGCAGUACGUCAGCCGCCGCCUGCACGCGGCGCGCGGCCUGGCGCUGUGCGUGCCCGGCUCCUACGUGCCCGGCGCGCGCGUCACGCGCAUCCAGCACAUACACAGCCACCUGCAGGUCAGUGGGCGCAGUGCGCUCGCUGCAGUCGCUCGAGCUGCAGUACGUCAGCCGCCGCCUGCACGCGGCGCGCGGCCUGGCGCUGUGCGUGCCCGGCUCCUACGUGCCCGGCGCGCGCGUCACGCGCAUCCAGCACAUACACAGCCACCUGCAGGUGAUCAAGUCGAAGCAACGCCCGCGGCGGCUGACCAUCCACGGCUCGGACGGCAAGCAGUACAUGUUCCUAUUGAAAGGCCACGAGGAUCUUCGGCAGGACGAGCGCGUGAUGCAGCUGUUCGGGCUCGUCAAUACUCUCCUACGAGCCGACGCGAGCACAUUACGUCACGACCUGGCCAUCCAGCGCUACGCCGUCAUCCCGCUGUCGCCCAACUCGGGCCUCAUCGGCUGGGUGCCGCACUGCGACACGCUGUAUAACCUCAUCAGCGACUACCGCGACAAGAAGACCAACAAGAUGGCGCUCAACACCGAGCAGCAGAUCAUGCUGCGCAUGGCCUCCGACUACCAGAACCUCAUGCUCAAGCACAAGGUGGAAGUAUUCGAGUACACCCUAUCACAAACGCCUGGCAACGACCUAGCCCGCCUACUCUGGCUGAAGAGUCCCUCCGCCGAGGCGUGGUUCGAUCGGCGCACCAACUACACGCGCUCGCUGGCAGUCAUGAGCAUGGUGGGCUAUAUCCUCGGCCUGGGCGACCGACACCCCUCCAACAUCAUGCUGCACCGAGUCACUGGGAAGGUCCUGCACAUCGACUUCGGAGACUGCUUCGAGGUGACGCAGACGAGGGAAAAAUAUCCUGAGAAGAUCCCCUUCAGACUGACAAGAAUGCUGAUUAAUGCUAUGGAGGUGACGGGCAUCGAAGGCACAUACCGCUUCACGUGCGAAUCCGUCAUGCACGUGCUGCACAAACACCGGGACAGCGUGAUGGCGGUGCUCGAGGCGUUCGUCUACGACCCGCUGCUCAACUGGCGACUGGUCGACAACGACCGCCACUCGCUCACCGCCUCCACCUUCUCUUCCGACAUCGACUCCUCCUACACUCUGCCCAGUCGGUCCCGGAACCACCUACAUUACGAGUCCCUCGAGGCGCCGCCCGAGGUUAACGUCAACAAGCGAGCCGUGGCCAUCCUCAACCGGAUCCGCGACAAACUGACCGGCCGCGACUUCCCCCACAUAGAUCCUGUGGUCAGCGUGCCCAAGCAAGUCGACCUGCUCAUCAAGCAGGCCACCAACAACGAGAACCUCUGCCAGUGCUACAUCGGCUGGUGCCCCUUCUGGUAAUUUGAUCUGAGAAUUACUUCUUUGCGACAUCAAAUGGAUAGUUGACGCUAUUAACCUAUAAUACCAAGACAGAUUUUUUGUAAGUCAUCCGACCGAGCGAACGAAGAAUCAUUGGUUUUUAUUGCCAUACAAAUACGGUCAACUAUCAAAUUCGUGAGUUAGUCUAUUAUGAUUUCUUUUGUCUACAAUAUAAAUCGGAGACACCACCAUAUCUAACACUUUCAUUUCAUGGCUUUAAUUUGUUUUGUUUAAUUGUUUAGAAUUCAGUUUUAUUUUUUAUUGUUAAAAUACAUAGUAUAUUUUAUUUGCAUUUCUAAUGCAGGAUUACCGCAUUUAUGAGACAAUGUAGGUACUGUUGUUGUAAGUCGAGGAGACUGAUCACACGUUACUAGCGAUAUUAGCAUUGUAGCUGUUACUAUAUUUUCUCUACUUUUAUUACCCUGUACCUAACCUAUUUGUCGUUAAAUUUUGUAAAACACGCUUCGUUUUAUUAAACACCUUAGUUAUGUAAGCCAAAUCGUUUUUUUGUAAUAGGAUAUGUUUUCCGAACGUAGGCUUGUCAAAACAUAACCCCGUGUAUUAUCAUCACCACCGCAUUUGUAAUCUGUUUCUACCUCUUAUGUUUAAGGAAAUGUUGCAUUUAUUUAUCGGAUUGUUAUUGUCCUACUAAUUGAUUUAAUUAUGAUUGUUACAUGAAAAACAUCUAAUCUCAACUACGUCAUACUGUGUACUUGCAAAAUGUGACUUGAGGCAAAUACAUGCAUCUAAAGACUGCUUGAAAACUGAUAAAUCUGUAGAAUAUUAUGUACGAAGUGUACUUUUAAAUAAUCAUACCGUUUAUCACUGCCGAAACUAUACUUCCAAUAACAUUAUACUCCUACUACCCGUCAAUAGAACUGCACACAACGAUGCAUUUACGUUAUAAAUACGUCGAGAAUAGAUUUAAAUAUAAAAACGUUCUGUUCUUGUCAUUAAAGAACAACUUCCUGUUUGCUUUGAACCAGCUUCCUAUAACAUAGUCUGUAUAUAGAUAUUAUUUCCUAGUUGUUAAUUAAGUAUUAUAUUUAUACAUUAUGUGUACAUAAACUGACGCAAUAAAAUAUUUAAAACUUA